GCGAUUUAAUGUCAACACGUUCGCAAGGUCUGAUCCAGUUUCGGCUGGUCUGCAAAGUUGACAUAGGUGUCCGAUUCGGUGUUGAUUGUAAUCAUCGUUGUGUACUGUCCGGGCUACGUAUUUCUUCGGUGUCCUUUACCUUUGCAAAAAAACCAAGCUUAUAAAGUCAGCAGUCUUAGGUGCAUCUGUCACAUAACCUGACAGCUCAGUGUAGACCUUUCGUCGGAGGCUGAAACGAAAAGGGACUACCCUUGCCUAUCUCGUUUGUUUCCACUUCACGCUUUUAUAGUGUAGUUCCGGAAUCUGCCAUAAACCUAGGCCAAGAAGAUGGAGAAUCCAGUAAAAUUUGACCCGAUGUCAUUCGAAGAUGAGGCUGUCUUGCAUAAGAACUGGCAGAGUAUUGAGGAGGUCCGGAGUUCGAAUCCCAUCAAAUGUGUUACAGCGACAUGCAAAGGGGCUGACAAAGUUGUUGAAGUAGAAUGGGCUUCAGGAGAAAGCCAGAUAUACCCCUGCAUUUGGCUCCGAGACCAUUGUCGUUGUAAACUCUGCUUUCACGCUUUUCACCAAACUCGACUUACAGAUUUUAUGGAGCAAGAUCUCGACAUCGGCGUCAAGAAGGCUACUGUGAACGAUGAUGACCAGACAAUUGACAUCACGUGGUCUGAUGACCACCAGAGCUCGUACCCUUCCAAUUGGCUGUUAUGUAACCGCUUCGAUCAAACGGAUGCGGAUCCUAUUAGGGGUAUCGAAUCUGAGUACUGGAAUGCAAAUACAUUGAAGACAAACCUCAUGCGCCCCUUUAAAUUCGAAGAUAUUAUCAACUCAGAUCAGGUAUUGUACGACAUGCAAAUGCAUCUGAAGAGUGUAGGCCUGGUUUACAUACAAGACACACCCACUGAUAAAGGUCACGUGAUGGAUCUGAGCGAACGAAUUGGCUACAUCUGCGGGACGUCAUACACCAAGACGACAUCACAAAUCUACGGUAAGAGCGGAUGGGCUUUCGGCCAUCCUUCAUAUGGAUUAGAGUUCCGCCCACUGCACUCAGAUUUUUCCUUUAUUGAUGAUCCACAAGGGGUUGUAGCUGUGCAAUGUGUUACUCAGAUCGAUGGAGAGGGUGGUGGCUAUUUCUUUGUAGAUGGUUACAAGGCGGCUGAAGAUCUCAGGAAAUCAAAUCCCAAGGCUUUUAACCUUCUCACUAAACCCUGCUGGGAGGGACGUGUUAAAGGCUGGGUUGUCAGUGACAAGCAUUACCACCAUAGCGUCAGUGCACCUAUCAAACUUAACGAUGAAGGCGAGGUUACAAAGCUGACACUCUGUGAUUUCUGGAGGACGUCUGUCAUGAGACUUCCGGUCGAACAAGUAGGGGAUGCGUACCGGGCGUUGAGGGCGCUGUAUGAUACUUUAUACCGCAAGGAUCAUGUAUACACCCACUAUCUCAAGCCAGGUGACAUGUUCCUAAUACAUAACCAUAGGGUGCUCCACGGCAGAGAGGAAUACCAUAACGCGAAGCCCUCUACAGUUCAUCUGGAGACAGGUUACUUCAACUGGGACAGCUUCGAUACCCGGAUGCGAAGAGUGAAAAUGAAUUUGGAUAAUAAAAAGAAAGAGAAAAGUAUCCAGUCAGUUUGUAAGAUGAAUGGCGAACAGAACAACGGCCUUCCAAGAUAACUGAUAAUUUCAUAUAAACAUGAAAUCAAUAUGAAAUGUGGUUACAAGAUAUUUAUUUAACUGUACGCGGCAUAAUCGCAUCUCUACUUAUAAUGUGAUAUGAAUUUGUUUAUUCAUUACCAUUCUAUGUACAUGUCGAAAUAUAAUUAAAAGCGAUUUUAUCACACUGUGAGAGCAGAUACCACCCAAAGAACAAUAAAAACAAGUUUAUGAAAAUUAUAGACGAUGUCUUUAAGCCAACCAACAGUCAUUAAACUAAUUGGUAACACAUUGAGUGGCAGAACGAGUUAUUUGGCAAGGGCGACGAGAGUACAUGUAUCUCGCAUUUACUGAAUAACUGAGCGCGAAGUGCAAGCUUCAUUAGGUCGACUGUAGUAAUCACCUUAUACGGACCCAUGUUGGGGUCAUGGAGAACAGAAAACAGUCCUCAUCAUUAUGAAUAGAUAUUUUAAUGAUUAUGCUAACCUUUGUUCUCAUUAGAAUUAGUACAUUUACUAACUCGGAUAAUGCUUGAAGUAUUAUUGGUGGGUUUUCUUUCGGUCCUACAACAUUGCAUCUGUCUUUAUGCUAUCUUUCUACACCUUGGGGGAGCCAUUUGAGUGGGACACGAUCCUCAUUUUGAGUACAG